AACACGGAGGACGAAGGGCCAAAACCGGGACCGAACAGCAAUAAACGCAACGAACGGAGGAAUCGGCCGGGUUGGGAUCCACCUGCUUCCUCGAACAACCAUGGAAGUACAGAAAACGAAACAAAGAGGAAGACGAUACUCAACACAGUAUCUUUGUCAGCAAUGUGACCGUACCUUCACCAGAUCAUCAGCGCUGAAGAAUCAUCAGAAGCUUCACUCUAGAGAGAAACUAUACAGCUGUGACCAGUGUGGCAAAACAUUUACUGGCAGAGGUAACCUACAGAGUCAUCAGCAAGUUCAUGCAGGGGAAAGACCAUACACCUGCACCGAAUGUGGAGCAGCAUUUAGAAGGUCAAGUACGUUGACAAUCCACAAUCGUGUUCACACUGGAGAAAAACCUCACUCAUGUGAACAAUGUGGAAAAGCAUUCUCCUGCAGCAGACAGUUACUGCUUCACAAACGUGUUCACACGGGAGAGAAACCAUAUUCAUGUGACCAGUGUGGCAAAACAUUUACUGCAAGAAGUAACCUAAAGUGUCAUCAGAAAGUUCAUGCAGAAGAAAGACCAUACACCUGCACCGAAUGUGUGGCAGCGUUUAAAACAUCAAGUGCUUUGAAAAUCCACAAUCGUCUUCACACUGGAGAGAAACCAUACUCAUGUGAACAGUGUGGAAAAGCAUUCUCUUGCAGCAGUCAUUUACAGAGUGACCAACGUGUUCACACAGGAGAGAAACCAUACUCAUGUGAACAGUGUGGAAAAGCAUUCGGUCACAGACCUGAUUUAAUGAGACACAAACUUGUUCACACGGGAGAGAAGCCUUAUAUUUGUGAACAAUGUGGAAAAGCAUUCUCUCAGCACAAUAGCUUAAUGAUACACAGACGUUUUCACACUGGAGAGAAGCCUCAUUCGUGUGAACAGUGUGGUAAAGCAUUUUCAUGCAGCAGUCAUUUACUGAGUCACCGACGUGUUCACACCGGAGAGAAGCCUCAUAUUUGUGAACAAUGUGGAAAAGCAUUCUCACAACGCAGUCAAUUACUGAUUCACCAACGUGCUCACACGGGAGAGAAGCCUCACUCAUGUGAACAGUGUGGAAAAGCAUUCGCUCAACACAGAAGUUUACUGACUCACCAACGUGUUCACACUGGCGAGAAACCUCAUCCUUGUGAACAGUGUGGAAAAGCAUUCUCUCAUCGCAGUAGCUUAGUGAUACACAAACGUUCUCACACAGGAGAGAAGCCCUACUCGUGUGAACAGUGUGGAAAAGCAUUCUCUGACAGCAGUCAUUUACGGAGACACCAACGUGUUCACAAUAAUGAGGCUUCUCUCUAGUGUAAACAGUGUGGGAAAGUAUUUGUGAUGUUACAUGUGCUGCCUUUCUCGUGCUCCAGUAAAGGUUGUGUGGCAUCACCAUUAGGCCAAUAGGCGAAAGACAACAUUGAAACAAAAACUAGGCUAAACAUAAUAUAGAUGUCAACCAUAAUAACUUCAGUUUCUUUUGUAUUCUGCGUCAGCGACGUGCCCGGGGUGGGGAAUAGCCACUGCCCAUUUGCCCUCACAAUUCGAAGUGCCCUGAACAAUGGCAAAUAAUUAAUUUUUUUUCCUACUCCACUCUGGGUUUUACUUUUCUCGUUCAAGCCCAAAUAGCCACAGUCUCUGUCAGUCUCUGCCCUUAAAAAUGUCUGCACAGCACUGACCAGUGUAAUGAAAAAAAAUGUCUUUCUUAUCAUAUAGUCUUAUCUUAUAGUUUAUGCCCCAUUGUGUGCAUGGAAUUCAUCUCAUUUGGUUGUCAUAUCAGUUUUAUGUAUUAUAUGGGGAAAAAUUGUUCUUCCUUAUUCUAUUUGGUUUUUAUAUGAUUUAUGGCUUCUGUUCGGCAAUUAAUAACUUGUGUUUUGUCUUACAUCUGUUUUAUGUAUUUGACAUUUCACCUAGAUUGUUCAAUAGUUGUCUCUGCCUGAUAGAAUCUGGACUCUAGCUACCAAACCCAAGACCGGGGAGUUUUGUCUCUGUCUGACUUACAGAGACGUACUGUAGUGCUCCUUCCUCUCUGAUAGUCCGACACCAGUAAUGCAGGUGUGAGAAUGUAAACAUUUCCACACACACUGCGACAGGUAUGAGAUGGUGCAUGUGGUUUGAUUGGGCUACAAAAACAUUUCACCCUGGACAGAGGGGUUAAAAGGCAGAAGUAACUUGAGGACUUUUUGCAUCACUCCUACGUGGUGUGUGCCGUAAUCUCCCCGGCUGGUUUUUGGUUUGUUGAUUUUUUUGUUGUUGUUGAUGUGCACGGCAUCCAUGUUUUUGAUUUGCUUUCUCCAUUAUUUUUGUAAUAAAUCACACAAGACAACUCUCUCUCAUCUGCUUGUUUAUGGAAAAUUUCCACCGACCACAUUGCUUAGACAGAGUAUGGUUUAUGGUUGUUUCUGCAUGUCACUCCCUGGAUCUAGUUCCUAUCUGACUCCCGAAACCAAGUUUGAGGAGCUGUCUCUCGCUCUUUGUCUCAUGACUUUUAUUCCUCUUUCUCUGACAGCGAGACGUCAUUGGUACCAGGUGGAAGAAUGUUAACAUCUCCAUUCGCAGUCACAUGGAUAAGGUGAUAACAUGCAAUUUGAUUGGACCAGAGAAGGACACUCCACCCUGCCAGGGAAGGAACAGAAGGCAGGAGCAACUUGGGCAUUCUGGGAUGUUUGCCUUGUACCUUCGUGGUGCAUGUUUUGAUACCCCCAUAUGGUUUUUGGAUUACUGAUUGUUCACAUCAGUGUUUUAAUUUGUGUUGCCAUUACUGUUUUUACUAUUAUUGUUUUUGUUAUACCAUCGACUUACACAAAAGACAACUUUCCUCUCUUCCAUUCAACUUCUUCUGGAAAUUUCCACAAAGGAAUUUUUAAUGGGAGUUGACCAAAAACACGUGGAGGAUUAUUGAAGAACAAAGGGACACUCAGAGUCCUCCAUAAUAUCUAUGCAGUGAAAUUAUCACUUACUUCUCUGCAUGGAGUCGCCGGGCAGUUCAAAAUGACGUAAAACACGUCAACUGACCUGGUGAAUUUUGUGGGAUUUUAAUUAAACUACUUCAUUUUGUAGAGGCAACAUCAGUUUCCCUGCUGCCAAUUUCUCUUAGAUGAAGUUACAGAUUCUCCUGCUGACCGAGGGUUUUGCCUAAAUGAAUUCCAAUUAAUGAAUUCUUUGCUUUGAUUCAAAAAAAAAAGGCAGAGGAGUAACAUGCCCCACAGUCAGGUACGUUCCAAUCACAGAAGGAUGGAAGGUUCAUCUUGGAGCAAUGCAUUCUGUGUGUUGUAGGAUUUGACCAUUUUCAGCCAGAUCACAUAAUGCUGCUACUUUUUUCUGUUUUCCCUCGACACAGGCCAUCAAAAGUACACAUUUCUGCACAUUUUGGCUAAUAAAAUGUCCAAUUUUCAUAUUACGACUUGCCUUUCAGCGUUGAAGUAUCUCUUCAACUUUCCUUUUCUGGGUUGGUUGACCGCAGACUGGAGUUUAUACCACGCUUUUCCAUUACUCUGAUGCAACAGGUCAUAAGGCACUACCUCAGCAUGUUCUUGAGACUUUGUCAUGUAGGAAUGUUAUAUAUUCCUCCUUAAAACUGACUUUCUUUCCUUUUUCCUUUUCAAGCUCUGAAGAUGUUGAUCACAUGGCAUCUGUUUGUCCAUGUGAUAAUGACCAAAUAAUACUGUUGUGCUGUUGCAAUAUUCAUGAACUAAAUGUCUUCUCUUUACAUUCCAGUAAUCAGCUGAGCCAACUAAUAGAUAGUGAUGAUUAGAUGCCAGAGUCAGGUGUGAUGCUGCAUUUUUGACUGACUUUGGUGACACCUGGCGGGGAAACUGAGGCCCAACAUAGUAUCAGGUGUAACAAAAUGUUUUAUAUUUCGCGAUUGCUCCAUCAUCUGCAACCCCCAACUCUCAGCCCAACUUUGUGUGUGUGUGUGUGUGUGUGUGUGUGUGUGUGUGUGUGUGUGUGUGUGUGUGUGUGUGUGUGUGUGUGUGUCUGUGUGUGUGUGUGUGUGUGUAGUGUCCUUGUUCUCUUAAUUUUUUAACUUUCACUUUCACGUACAAAUGACAUUUUGCAUAUUAAAAUAUGUGACUAUCAAAUAUGGGCCACACUGUGGGACAACAAGCUAUUAAACAACCCAAUACUUAUCCCUGUAUAAAAAUACCAUAUCUGCUUUUUUCUUUUGGAAAAAUUGGAACAUUAGUCUCAGCCAAUUUCUUGUACAAUACCACUACAUUGUUUCUUUCAAACUCUUAAAUGAUAUUUCUUUACCCUACUGUAGCUACAAAUCCUCUGCUUUGUUUAGCUUUAGAUUUGAUUCAUGGCCUCCUAUCUUGUGUGGGAAGUUUAAACUUCAAUCCUCCUGAUGUUUGAUGAAUCUGGUCCUGCUGAGACACACUAGGAAUAACUCUGUGCUGCAUGAUUUACUGGUUCCAGGUGAAUUAAAUUUCAAAUUCUAAA